GCCGAAAGGUUUGAGUUUGAAGACAGGCGGGAAGAUGGCAGCACCCGUCGGCAGGCCGGGGUUCUCCCGAGUGGGAGGACGCUGGGACUGUGGCCUGCUCUGAUCGUCCGAGAAGGGUUUGCCAUGAAUCUUCUGCGUCGGAGUGGGAAACGGCGGCGUUCAGAGUCAGACUCAGAUUCGUUGUCGGGAAGCAGCGGUGACAGCAGUGCCAGCCCCCAGCUCCUCUCCCGGACCGUGCUGAGCCCGCCGCCGGGCCUGGGUCGCUGCCUGAAGGACCGCGGCCGUCAGUCAGCCGCCACCGCAGGAGAAUGCAAGCCUACAGCUCCCGACUGCCAAAUAGACAAGCUACUGUUGGUAAAUUGGGGACUUCCUAAAGCAGUUCUGGAGAAAUACCACAGUUUUGGUGUAAAAAAGAUGUUUCAAUGGCAGGCAGAGUGCCUUUUGCUCGGACAAGUCCUGGAAGGAAAGAAUUUAGUCUAUUCAGCUCCUACAAGUGCUGGGAAGACUCUCGUGGCAGAAUUACUUAUUUUGAAGCGGGUUUUGGAAAUGCGGAAGAAAGCUUUGUUUAUUCUUCCCUUUGUUUCUGUGGCUAAAGAGAAGAAAUACUAUCUCCAGAGUCUGUUUCAGGAAGUCGGAAUAAAAGUAGACAGUUAUAUGGGCCGCAUCUGUCCAGCAAGGCAUUUCUCUUCCUUGGAUGUUGCAGUCUGCACAAUUGAAAGAGCCAAUGGUCUGAUCAGUCGCCUUAUAGAGGAAAAUAAGAUGGAUCUGUUAGGAAUGGUUGUUGUGGAUGAAUUACAUAUGCUGGGAGACUCUCACCGAGGGUAUCUGCUGGAACUUUUGCUGACCAAGAUUUGCUGUAUUACUCGGAAAACAGCAUCUUCUCAGGCAGAUUUAGCUAGUUCUCUGUCUAAUGCUGUGCAAAUUGUUGGCAUGAGUGCUACCCUUCCUAAUUUGGAGCUUGUGGCUUCCUGGUUGAAUGCUGAACUCUACCAUACUGACUUUUGUCCUGUACCGCUUUUGGAGUCAGUAAAAGUUGGAAAUUCCAUAUAUUCCUCUUCAAUGAAAUUUGUGAGGGAAUUUGAACCCAUGCUACCAGUGAAGGGAGAUGAGGACUAUGUUGUUAGUUUAUGUUAUGAGACAAUUCGUGAUAACCAUUCAGUAUUACUUUUUUGUCCAUCAAAGAAAUGGUGUGAGAAGCUGGCAGAUAUCAUUGCUCGAGAGUUUUAUAAUCUACAUCAUCAAGCUGAGGGAUUGGUGAUAUCCUCAGAAUUCCCACCAGUAAUUCGGGAACAAAAAGACCUCCUGGAAGUGAUGGAUCAGUUAAGACGUUUGCCUUCAGGACUGGACUCUGUAUUACAGAAAACUGUACCAUGGGGAGUAGCAUUUCAUCAUGCAGGUCUUACUUUUGAGGAGAGGGAUAUCAUUGAAGGAGCCUUUCGUCAAGGUCUCAUUCGGGUCUUGGCAGCAACUUCUACUCUUUCUUCUGGGGUGAAUUUACCUGCACGUCGUGUGAUUAUUCGAACUCCUAUUUUCGGUGGUCGACCUCUAGAUAUUCUUACUUAUAAGCAGAUGGUUGGUCGUGCUGGCAGGAAAGGAGUAGAUACCAUAGGUGAGAGUAUCUUAAUUUGUAAGAACUCUGAGAAAUCAAAAGGCAUAGCUCUCCUUCAGGGAUCUCUAAAGCCUGUUUGCAGCUGUCUGCAAAGACGAGAAGGAGAAGAAGUAACUGCCAGCAUGAUACGAGCUAUUCUGGAGAUAAUAGUUGGUGGAGUGGCAAGUACAUCACAAGAUAUGCAUACUUACGCUGACUGUACGUUUUUGGCUGCAAGUAUGAAGGAAGGGAAGCAAGAAAUUCAGAAAAAUCAAGAGUCUGCUCAGGUUGAAGCAAUUGAGGCCUGUGUCAUGUGGCUGUUAGAAAAUGAAUUCAUCCAGAUUACAGAAGCCAGUGAUGGAACAGAAGGAAAGGUGUAUCAUCCAACACAUCUUGGUUCGGCUACUCUUUCUUCUUCACUUUCUCCAGCUGAUACUUUAGAUAUUUUUGCUGACCUGCAAAGAGCAAUGAAGGGCUUUGUUUUAGAGAAUGAUCUUCAUAUUGUCUACCUGGUUACGCCUGUGUUUGAGGAUUGGACUACUAUUGAUUGGUAUCGAUUUUUCUGUUUAUGGGAGAAGUUGCCAACUUCUAUGAAAAGGGUAGCAGAGCUAGUGGGAGUUGAAGAGGGGUUCUUGGCUCGCUGUGUGAAAGGAAAAGUAGUAGCCAGAACUGAGAGACAGCACCGACAAAUGGCCAUCCAUAAAAGGUUUUUCACCAGUCUUGUGCUAUUAGAUUUAAUCAGUGAAGUUCCCUUAAGGAAAAUUAUUCAAAAAUAUGGAUGCAAUCGUGGGCAGAUUCAAUCUUUGCAACAGUCGGCUGCUGUUUAUGCAGGGAUGAUUACAGUAUUUUCCAACCGUCUGGGCUGGCACAACAUGGAACUACUUCUUUCCCAAUUUCAGAAGCGUCUUACAUUUGGCAUCCAGAGGGAGCUGUGUGACCUGAUUCGGGUAUCCUUACUGAAUGCUCAGAGUGCCAGGGUUCUCUAUGCUUCUGGCUUUCUUACAGUGGCAGACCUUGCUAGAGCAAAUAUUGCAGAGGUGGAGGUGAUUCUGAAAAAUGCUCUGCCUUUCAAAAGUGCCCGGAAGGCAGUGGAUGAGGAAGAGGAAGCAGUUGAAGAACGUCGGAAUAUGCGAACUAUCUGGGUGACUGGCAGAAAAGGUUUAACUGAAAGGGAAGCAGCAGCCCUUAUAGUGGAAGAAGCCAGAAUGAUUCUGCAGCAGGACUUGGUUGAAAUGGGAGUGCAAUGGAAUCCAUAUGCAUAUUCUAGUACAUGUUCAUUGACUCAUAGUGAGUCAGAAGUAAAGGAACACACAUUUAUAUCCCAAACUAAGAGUUCUUAUAAAAAAUUAACAUCAAAGAACAAAAAUAACACAAUAUUUAUUGAUUCUUAUAUUAAGCAUUCACCAAAUAUAGUGCAAGACUUAAAUAAGAGUAGAGAGCAUACAAGUUCCUUUAAUUUUAAUUUCCAGGAUAGGAAUCAAAAACAUCAGAGACAUUCCAUUUUCAGAGCAAGAAAACGGGCUUCUUUGGAUAUAAAUAAAGAGAAGCCAGGAGCCUCUCAGAAUGAGGGGGAAACAAGCAUUAAGAAUGUUGUUCAAACUUUUUCAGAGAAAACAAAAAAGGCACCUUUGAAUUUCAGUUCAGAAAAGAUGAGUAGAAAUUUUCAGUCUUGGAAACACAGAAAGCGUCUAAAGCAAUCCAGGCACAGCAGCCCCCUGAAAGUCUCUGGAGCGUGUAGAAUCAAUUUACAGGGACACACUCUGUCUAAUUCUAUGCUUUGUGAAGACUCAUUUAGCUUAGAUGAAAAGAAUACAGAAUGUAGAAGUUCAGGGCCAUUUGCUAAAAACAUGUAUUUGAGUGGUGUGGGAAAAGAUGACAAAACAUCAUUCGCAUUACAAAUAAAGCAAAGUUGUUCACUAACUAAUGAUAAUUUUGUGAAACAUUUCAUCUCAGGAUCUCAGAGUAAAAAUGGGACCUGUCAGGCCACUAGUGUGGUUAGUGAAAAAGGCAGAGGCGAAGCUGUUGAGGUGGAAAAAAUAAAUGAAGUGGUGAUACAAAAUGAUUCAAAAAACCAGAAUGUUUAUGUGAAACACCAUGACACCCAUCCUAUUAACCGAUACCCUCCAAAGCAGUCUAAUGAACAGACAAGCACUUUUACCAAACAGAAAAAUAUAAUAGAGAAACAAAUGCCCUGUGAGGCAGUCAGUAGUUAUAUAAAUGGAGACUUAAAUGUUACUACUGUCAGUUGUGAAAGGAUAAAGCUUAAUACAGAGGAAAAUAAUCCAAGUGAUUUUCAGGCAUUAGGAGAUGAUAUAAGCAGAACUGAAAUACCCAGUGGAGUAUUUCUAUCAACUGGAGCACUUAGCAAAUCAGGAGGCCAGCGUGAGAAUUUUCUAAAUAUUUCUAGACUACAAGAAAAAACAGGUGAUUAUACAACAAACAAAACUAAAAAUAAUGCUGCUGACUCAGCUUUAGUCCUCUGUGGUUUUGAAGAUAGUUUCUACCUGGAUUCUCAGUCAGAGAAAAUAAUACAACAGAUGGCAACUGAAAGUGCCAAACUAGGAGCAGAGGACACCAGCCUGGCAGCAGGGAUAAUGCAGAAGAGCUUAGUCAAACAGAACUCAAUGAACUCUUUUCAGAAUGAGUGUCACAUUACUUUUCCUGCUGAGCAGCAUCCUCUAGGAGUGAAAAAGAUAGAUCAUUUGAACCUUAAGACUGUAGGUCCUAUGAAACAAAGCACUGAUUCACAUGGGGUUGAGAUCCUGACUCCAGAAAGCCCAAUUUUUCAUUCUCCGAUAUUAUUGGAGGAAAAUGGUCUUUGUUUUAAAAACAAUGAACUUUCUGUUACUGAUUCCCAAUUAAAUAGUUUCCUUCAAGUUUAUCAAACACAAGAAACUGUGAAACCAGUUACACCUCUGGUUCCCCAAAAGAGAACUCCCACUGGUAUAGAAGGAGAAUGUCUUCCAGUUCCUGAAACAAGUUUGAACAUGAGUGAUAGUUUACUAUUUGACAGUUUCAGUGAUGACUAUCUAGUAAAAGAACAACUACCUGAUGUGGAAACGAAAAAAACCCUUCCUUCAAAAGUAACAUCAAACCAUUUUAGUGAUUCUCUGUGUCUACAACAAGAAGACCUAAUUAAAAAAUCAAAUGUAAAUGACAAUCAAGACACCCACCAGCAGUUGACUUUUUCCAAUGAUGAAUCUAUUAUAUUUUCAGAAAUGGAUUCUGUUCAGAUGGUUGAAGCUUUGGACAGUGUGGAUAUAUUUCCCAUACAAGAGAAACAUUGUACUGUAGUAUCUCCUAGAGCGUUAGGACUGAGUGAUCCAGUACUUGAUGAGCACCACCAAGGUGAUCAAGAUGGAGGAGAUCAAGAUGAAAGGGCUGAAAAAUCAAAAUUAACUGGGACCAGGCAAAGUAAUUCAUUCAUGUGGUCAGGGUCAUCAUUUGAUUUAAGUCCAGGACUGCAAAUGAUUUUAGAUAAAGUGUCCAGUCCUCUAGAAAAUGAAAAGCUAAAAAUGACUGUAAACUUGUCAAGUUUGAAUGGAAAAAAUACAGAGUUAAAUGAAGAACAAGAAGUUAUUUCAAACUUGGAGACAAAUCAAGUGCAGGAAAUUUCAUUUUCUUCUAAUAAUGAAGUAAAAAAUAAGAUUGAGGUGCCAGAAAACAAUGCCAAUCAUGGUAAAAGCUCAUCCCUCUUACCUCAUAAAGAACACUGUAUAGUUGAUAAUGGUCUUAUUCCUCCUACACCCAUUCCAACAUCUGCUUGUAAGCUGACAUUUCCGGGGAUUCUUGAAACAUCUGUAAACCUUUGGAAAACUAAUACUGUUUUACAACCUGGUGCAAGUUAUUUACUUGGCUCACCUUCAGAUAUUAAGAACCACGAUUUAAGUCCAGAGAGAAAUGGGUUCAAAGACAACAGCCCUAUUAAUGACACAAGCUUUUCACUUCAGUUGUCACAGAAUGGAUUACAGUUAACUCCAGCCUCAAGCAGUUCAGAAAGUUUGGCCAUAAUUGAUGUAGCAAGUGACCGAAAUCUUUUUCAAACAUUCAUUAAAGAGUGGCGAUGCAAAAAGCAAUUUUCCAUCUCACUGGCUUGUGAAAAGAUUAGAAGUUUAACAUCUUCUAAAACUGCUACUAUUGGUGGUAGGUUUAAGCAAGAUAGCUCACCUCAGGAAACUCCUAUUAGAGAUUAUGGAUUUCCUGUUAAAGGCUGUGAUGACAUCUUGGUGGUUGGACUGGCAGUAUGCUGGGGUGGAAGGGAUGCCUAUUAUUUUUCAUUGCAGAAGGAACAAAAGCAUUCUGAAAUUAGUGCCAGUUUGGUUCCACCUUCUCUUGAUCCAAGCCUGACUUUGAAAGACAGGAUUUGGCACCUUCAAUCUUGCUUGCAGAAGGAAUCUGAUGAAGAACGUUCCGUUGUCAUCUAUGACUUCAUCCAGAGCUAUAAAAUUCUUCUUCUUUCUUGUGGCAUCUCCUUGGAGCAAAGUUAUGAAGAUCCAAAGGUGGCAUGCUGGUUACUAGAUCCAGAUUCUCAGGAGCCGACUCUUCAUAGCAUAGUUACCAGUUUUCUUCCUCAUGAGCUUCUACUCCUAGAAGGGAUGGAGACCAGCCAAGGGAUUCAAAGCCUGGGGCUGAAUGCUGGCAGUGAGCAUUCUGGGCGAUAUAGAGCAUCUGUGGAGUCCAUUCUCGUCUUUAACUCUAUGAAUCAACUCAACUCUUUGUUGCAGAAGGAAAAUCUUCAAGAUGUUUUCUGCAAAGUGGAAAUGCCCUCUCAGUACUGCUUGGCCUUGCUAGAACUAAAUGGAAUAGGCUUCAGUACUGCAGAAUGUGAAAGUCAGAAACACAUACUGCAAGCCAAGCUGGAUGCAAUUGAGACCCAGGCCUAUCAACUAGCUGGCCACAGUUUUUCUUUCACCAGUUCGGAUGACAUUGCUGAGGUUUUAUUUUUGGAAUUGAAGUUGCCCCCAAAUGGAGAGAUGAAAAACCAAGGCAGCAAGAAAACUCUGGGUUCUACGAGAAGAGGGAGUGACAGUGGACGCAAGCUAAGGCUGGGAAGACAGUUCAGCACUAGUAAGGAUGUUUUAAAUAAAUUAAAGGCAUUACAUCCUUUACCAGGCUUGAUAUUAGAAUGGAGAAGAAUCACUAAUGCUAUUACCAAAGUGGUCUUUCCUCUUCAGCGGGAAAAGCGUCUUAAUCCUUUUCUUGGAAUGGAAAGAAUCUAUCCUGUGUCACAGUCGCACACUGCUACAGGACGAAUAACCUUUACAGAACCAAAUAUUCAGAAUGUGCCAAGAGAUUUUGAAAUCAAAAUGCCAACACUAGUAGGAGAAAGCCCACCUUCUCAAGCUGUAGGCAAAGGCCUACUUCCUAUGGGCAGAGGAAAAAAUAAAAAGGGUUGGAGCCUGAACCGUGGAUGCCAGACACAGAUGGACGAGAGAGCUGCAGACAGAGGAAUGCCGUUUUCAGUUAGCAUGCGACAUGCCUUUGUGCCUUUUCCAGGUGGUUUAAUACUGGCUGCUGACUACUCUCAGCUUGAACUGCGGAUCUUGGCUCAUUUAUCCCACGAUUGUCGUCUCAUUCAAGUGUUAAACACUGGAGCUGAUGUUUUCAGGAGCAUUGCAGCAGAAUGGAAGAUGAUUGAGCCAGAGUCUGUUGGGGAUGAUCUGAGGCAGCAGGCAAAGCAGAUUUGCUAUGGAAUCAUUUAUGGAAUGGGAGCUAAGUCUUUGGGAGAGCAGAUGGGCAUUAAAGAAAAUGAUGCUGCUUGCUAUAUAGACUCCUUCAAAUCCAGAUACACAGGGAUUAACCAAUUCAUGAGAGAGACAGUGAAGAAUUGUAAAAGAGAUGGGUUUGUUCAGACCAUUUUGGGAAGACGUAGAUAUUUGCCAGGAAUCAAAGACAACAACCCUUAUCAUAAAGCUCAUGCUGAGCGUCAAGCUAUCAACACAACAGUCCAAGGAUCAGCAGCUGAUAUUGUCAAAAUAGCCACAGUUAACAUUCAGAAGCAAUUAGAGACCUUCCACUCAACCUUCAAAUCCCAUGGUCAUCGAGAGGGUAUGCUCCAAAGUGACCAAACAGGAUUGUUACCAAAGAGAAAACUGCAAGGGAUGUUCUGCCCAGUCAGAGGAGGCUUCUUCAUCCUUCAACUCCACGAUGAACUCUUAUAUGAAGUGGCAGAGGAAGAUGUUGUUCAGGUAGCUCAGAUUGUCAAGAAUGAAAUGGAAAGUGCUGUAAAACUGUCUGUAAAGUUGAAAGUGAAAGUGAAAAUAGGUGCCAGCUGGGGAGAGCUGAAGGACUUUGAUAUAUAACUGUGCUGUUGAUGAAGUCCUCCCAAGGAAGCCUAUGCAGAUAUACUCACCUGGAAAGAACAGAGAUGACACUUUCACCUACUUCAGGAAAACAAACUUUCAAGUCUUCAUAGACUUACCAUAGUAAUUUUAUAGUGAGAGUUUCAAACUAUGUAUCAGGGUCUUUGUAGCAUCAAAAACUUACGGGGGUUAGGGGAAGUGAAAUACCAAGUAUAAUAGUUACACUCACUUUCAAAGAGCAUCUAUGAAUUUGCCUUUUGUAAUUUACCGUGGCUUUAAACAUAUUCAGAACAGAUGUUUGAAAUAUGCACUUGGCACUUUGGCUCCACAUCUGUCUGGGUAAACCAUGAAGAAAAUGAAGCUGCUGCCUCUGCUGACCCUGACAGGAGCCAUAGGUGGAUAAAGAUUUGGUUUCACCCUGGUGGUGGUAGGCAUUGUGUGUGACUUCUUUCCCCUCUAAUAUCACUUUUAGAGUACUGAAAUCGUAUUUUACAAUAGUAUUGGCUAAUAAAUUAUUUACUCUAUAAAGCGGUAAGACUUGGUAUGGCUGGAGUCUAGGAAUGAAUAUUCAUGAAAUGUAUCUUACUGCUUUUCCUUCCCUAAUUCAUACAAUGAAUGUAUUUGGAAUACUUAUAAAAUAAACUAAACCUCUUCAAGAGUUAUCCUGUUCUAUAAGAUCAGAUGUUUUUAUUGCAGGUAAAUAUAAUACUGCCAGAGAUGGAAAAUACCCCCUUAUCAGUACCUUAGUGCCUCUAUUUGUGGCAUGGUGAGAAAAUCUAUGCUGAAAAGAUUAUACUUUGUAAUCUCAAUCAGAGGUAUGGAGCUGAUCUUGCUGUUUAAAUAAAAUGAAUUCAUGGGAAA